AUGGAUAUCGUCUCUGCUGCAGUCAAUGCUGGCACUGGCAUUGCUACUGCUGCCGUCAACCUCGGCACAAACAUCGCUUCUGAUGCCGUGAACAUUGGAACCGCUAUCGCAACUGGUGCAGUAAGUGCCGGCACCAACAUUGCUUCUGAUGCCGUGAAUAUUGGAACCAAUGUUGCCUCGGGAGCUGUGAGUGCAUUUACUAUAGUGACCUCUGAUGCUGGUGGAGUCUACACCACCGUCACAUCUGGAGCAGUGGCUGGAUUUGACUCUGUGACAUCGAACGCUGCAUCAUUUGGUGAUAAUGCCACCAGAACGGCCUCAUCAUCUGAGAUAUCCGCAACUGAAACCUCUGGUUCUUCUGGUUCUUCUGAAGCUUCUGGAACAUCCUCAAGAUCUCCAAGUUCCUCGGGAACAGGAAACAGGGGAUCAACCUCAGCAACUAGCUCGACUUCUGCUGCUGCUGCUGCUUCGGGACUGGCAUCUUCCACCUCCUCAAGUACUCCGUCAAAUGAUGCAGUGCAUACUUUUGGAAGUUUGUCAUGGAAGAAGUCUGUGGCCGUUGCUGCGUUGGUGGGUGUAUCUUUCAUGGUGAACGUUCUUUAG